AUGACUUGUAAAUUUAGAUACCCACUUACAGUGAAAUACGGAGGAGGUUUUGUAAUGGUUUGGGGAUAUAUGAAUGCUCAGGGUGUUGGAAACUUGCACUUUAUUGAUGGAAUUAUGAACCAAUAUAUUUAUUUAAAUAUUUUGAAGACAAAUCUUGCAGCUAGUGCCGAAAAAAUGGGCAUCAAAGAUGAUUUUAUAUUUACACAGGACAAUGAUCCCAAGCAUACUGUAAAAAAAGUUGAGGCUUGGUUGUCGAACAAUAUAACUGAAUAUCUUGUGACGCCACCACAGUCUCCAGACAUUAAUCCUAUUGAGAAUUUGUGGGAUUAUUUGGACAGACAAAUUCGAGAUCACAAUAUUUUAAGUAAGGAAACUCUAAAAAAAGCUCUAGAAAAGGAAUGGAAUAAAAUCACAGCAGAAACAAUACGUCAUCUGGUUGAUUCAAUGUCUAAGAGGUUGGAAGCUACAAUAAGGUCCAAAGGCUACCCUACAAAGUACUAA